AUGAGGCAAAAACGUUUUUUGACCAACCGAAAACAACCUACCAAUCGGGUUAUAAAUGAAGAUCAAAUUCAAGAUUUACGUUUGAAAGUGAACAGCCGAGAAAGAAAAAGAAUGCACGAUUUGAAAUCAGCAUUAGACGCCUUGAGAGAAGUCAUACCUUACUCUCGGGGACCGUCUGUAAUAAAACUUUCCAAAAUAUCUACACUGACUAUGGCAAGAAAUUAUAUUGUGAUGUUGACCAAAUCACUUGAAGAAAUGAGAAAAAUGUUGCCUGAACCACUUCGAUGA